AUGAGAUGGAGUCUGGCCUUUCUCAUCCUGGAAUCUGUAUCUGGAAGCGUCAUCAUUCCAGAUACGCACGCCGUGCACGAGGAGAGAUCUUCGCAUCAUGCCUGGAGUAGAAAUGGCCGCGUGCAUUCCACAUCAAUGGUCCCUCUGCGCAUUGCCCUGACUCAGCAAAAUCUGGACGACGGGACUGGCUAUCAAAAGUUGAUGGAAGUGUCCGAUCCAGAAUCUCCUCGAUACGGUCAAUAUCUGAGCGCAGAGGAGGUCCAUAAUAUGUUCGCACCCAGCUCUGAUGCAGCGCAAGAUGUUACCAAAUGGCUCCUUGAAGCUGGCGUUAAGCAAGACGACAUUUUCGAAUAUGAGAAUAAAGGAUGGCUGGCCGCUCAUAUUCCUGCUGAGAUGUUUGAGCAGCUCUUUCAUGCGGAACUCCACGAAUACGAGCAUAAACUUACUGGAGAGCUGAAGAUUGGAUGUGAUGUAUACCAUCUUCCGAAGCACAUUACCAAACAUGUCGACUAUAUCACGCCUGGAGUUGCCCUGUCUGCAAGAGUGCGGAAGAGGAACGUGAAGCGGUCUUUGCAGCGGAGAGCCUUGCAUACCUCGCACAUGAUUGCAGAGGAUUUUGGGCCGCCGCCUGUAAAUGCUGCAGAUUUGCGAAAAGACCUGUCCGAUUGUGGCCGAAACAUGACCAUUGCCUGUCUGAGAGCUCUUUACGGUAUCCCAAAGCCUACCAAGACCGACUCGGUCGACUCGGUCAACUCGGUCGACUCGCUCGGCAUGUUUGAGAACUUCUACAGCUACGCUCAACAAGAUCUUGACGAGUUUUAUACCAGAUAUUAUCCUGAAAUCCCAAACGGCACCCACCCGAUCACCAUCUCGGUCGAUGGAGGCGCCGGUCCAGCCAUUAAUCGAACUGUCAGGGAAAGCGGUACAGAGCCAGCACUUGAUAUCCAGGUCGCUCUUCCUCUCAUUUACCCUCAAACAAUUACGGUCUAUCAGGUCGAAGAUCCACCACAGGCAGCAUUGCAAAUCAAUCAGACCUUACCUGGGUAUCUUAACACACUCCUCGAUGCUCUGGACGGCAGCUACUGCAACUACUGUGCCUAUGGCAUAUGUGGAGACGAUCCAACCUUGGAUGCCGUCUACCCGGAUGAGCGACCUGGUGGAUUCAACCAACCACGGCAAUGCGGCGUAUACAAUCUCACUCGUGUUCUCGCCAUCUCAUACGGACAAGGCGAGCAAGAUCUUCCAGUUGCUUACACAAGACGGCAAUGCAACGAGUUUAUGAAACUUGCCUUACAAGGACACACGAUUGUCGUUUCAUCCGGAGACUGGGGCGUUGCAUCUUUUCCGAACGAUACCGGCACUGCUAAUGGAUGUUUGAGCGGUUGUGGAAAAGUCUUUCAUCCUUCCAAUCCCGGUAAUUGUCCUUUUGUUCUUUCGGUCGGCGGGACGCAACUUUUUUCUAAUCAGAGCAUCAUCGACCCCGAAAGUGCCCUGCACCUCCCUGCCAGCAAUACCACUUAUAUUUCGACCGGAGGUGGUUUCUCCAAUUAUUUCGCCAGACCCAGUUACCAAAAGGAGGCGGUUGAUGAUUACUUUGAGAAGCACGAUCCUGGGUACAAAUAUUAUUAUGCAGACGCCAACGUCACCAAUAUCGGCAGUCACGGUGGAAUCUAUAAUCGAGGCGGCAGAGGCUACCCCGACGUCUCAGCCAACGGUGCUCGUUACCCCGGUGUCAAGUGGAGGCAAUUUAAGAACGGGACCGUCACGACGGAUGAGACCUUCUAUGGAACUAGUCUUUCCUGUCCCAUCUGGGGCGCUAUGAUUACUUUGAUUAAUCAGGAACGUACGGCUGUCGGGAAAGGACCCGUGGGGUUCAUCCAGCCCGUUCUAUACAAGCACCCCGAGAUCUUCAAUGAUAUUACUAAUGGGACAAAUGAUGGCUGUGGGACCAAGGGUUUUGAAGCUGUCCAGGGUUGGGAUCCGGUUACCGGUUUAGGCACCCCCAAUUUUCCCAAGAUGUUGGAGGUUUUUAUGAAUUUGCCGUGAUGUGGCGAAUGUGCUAUGAAAAUUGCACUCUUGACAUCUCCUUCUAUCAGUCCGUCACGCUCCUUCUCGAGAGCAUACUGGAUCAACAUCUUGUCUUUAAGCGUCAGUCGUCGUCAAGAGCGGAAGUAAGAAGAACUGUGCUCAUCCUCGUUCUCGUUCUC